CAAGCAUACCGAUUAAAAUUGCGGGAAAAGUAAACCGGGAAAAGCUACUGUUUAUUUACAGCAGCGUUUACUAAAAUGCCUGGAAGAACCAAUGCAUCAGUGUCGAUAUCUGAAGACAUAACGAAAAAACUAGAAUGUUUAGAUGUUGAACUUAAAGAUGGAGACAUUACGCAGAAGGGAUACUGGAAGAAAAAGUGGCGACUGUGUGGUGAUCUUAUAUCGGAGGAUAUGAAACAAAAAGUUGGCGACGUUGAAGCUGAGCUACAAGAACAGUUAAUGACUGAGAAAGGGUAUUUUAAACGCCUGGAACAGCUGUUUGAGUCAUUCUGGAAAUCUGCAGAUCUUAAUUCAAUCAAUAAACCCAGGGAGACUGGCAAGUUUAAAGAAACUGAGGGAAGUCCAGAUAAGAAUGGACACAAUGGAAAUACAGAAUCUGGCGGGGGUGAUUUUGAUGAGAUGGAAACUGAAACUAAAAAGAAUGACGACCAUACCAAUGGUGAUGGUCAGGUUGAAAAUGAAAAGGGAGAUAAUUCUGCUAAAGAUACAGAGGUUGGAGAUGUGAAAAAGGAAGAAGAAAUGGAAACUGAAGAAGUAACACCAGAGAAGAAUUCAGAUAAAAAGAAGAAAAGCAAAGGUCGUCAACAAAAGAAGGAAAAGAAAUCUGAUAAGCAACAAUCAAUUGCAGCUAUGUUUUCUAAAGCGUCUUCAAGUCAGAAGCGUAAGUCGUCCGCCAAUGAAGAUAUUAAAGUAGAACAAGAAGUUGAAGAGAUAGGUUCACCAGAAGAGAAAGUUGCUAAAAAACCAAGAAUUGAUGAUGAUGACAACGACACUGAUGAGAAAAGAGAGCUCAGAGAGAAGCAAGAGGAAGUAUCAAAACCAAGCUUUGCUAAGAUCCCGAUGAAAUGUUUACAGUGUAAACAGCUUCUAGAUGACCCAGAUCUCAGAACUUUUGCUGGACCUCCUGAAAAUGCUGUAGAGGAGUUUGUUGCCCUGACAGAUCCGAAACUGUCGUUGUUCACUGGGGAGGAGGAUAAUAUUGACAGUUAUGAUGAGCGGCCGCAACACAAGAUCACACAGUUCAGUGUUUAUGACAAGAAUACACAUCUUUGCCCAUUUGAUACUGGACUGGUAGAGAAAAAUAUUGAACUAUAUUUCUCAGGCUAUGUCAAGCCCAUAUAUGAUGAGAAUCCAGACCCUGAGGGUGGGGUUCCAACUCAAAACAUGGGACCAAUAAAUGCAUGGUGGACAGCAGGGUUUGAUGGUGGUGAGAUACCUUUGAUAGGAUUUAGUACAGCUUUUGCAGAGUACAUUUUGAUGAAAGGAAGUGAGAGUUACUCCCCUUUUAUGGACCAAAUGCAGGAGAAGAUCAACAUGAGUAAGAUUGUGAUUGAAUUCCUGGUGAAAACUCCGGAAGCCACAUAUGAAGAUCUGCUGAAUAAAAUCCAGACAACAGUACCUCCAGCAGGUUGUCCCUCAUUCACCGAGGAUUCACUUUUGAGGCACGCUCAGUUUGUAAUAGACCAGGUACAGAGUUUUGACGAGUCCGCUGACGAAGACGAGGACUUGAUUAUAACCACACCUUGCAUGAGAGCUCUUAUAAAACUUGCUGGUGUCACACUUGGCAAAAGGAGAGCAAUAAGGAAAGAUAAAGUAGUGAAGAAGGUGGCACCAAAGCAGACAUUAGCAACAACAACUCCCCUUGUCAGCGCAAUGUUUGACAGUAUGUUCCAGGGACAGAUUGAUGACAAAGCUCUGAAGGAAUCCAAGAAAAGACGAUGUGGAAUUUGUGAGGCAUGCCAGUCUCCAGACUGUGGAAAGUGUGUGGCUUGUAAAGACAUGAUCAAGUUUGGUGGCAGUGGCCGAGCGAAACAGGCGUGUCACGAGAGACGAUGUCCGAACAUGGCCGUGAAGGAAGCAGAAGAUGAUGAUUUACUGGACGAGGAGAAUGACGACAAGUUGAUGUUUGAAAACAAACAUCAGAAAGAUGUCAUAGCUCAACAUAAAGCCAGUGCCAACAAACAGGUUGAAUUGAAAUGGAAAGGUUCACCUAUCAAGGAAGAAGGCAAGAGAAAAUUCUAUCAGACAGUGUUGCUGGAUGGAAAUGAGGUAUCAGUUGGUGAGUGCGUCUCUGUUAAACCAGAUGACCCUACUGUACCAUUUUAUAUAGCACGUAUAGCAUAUAUGUGGGAGGACAGUAAAGGCGUUAAGAAGUUCCACGCUCAUUGGUUCUGCCGAGGAAGUGAUUCGGUACUUGGCGAGUCAUCAGACCCUCUCGAGCUGUUCCUGGCAGAUGAUUGCGAAGAUUCUGACUUGGAAUAUACUGUGUCAAAAGUCCAGGUAAUUCAUCACAAAGCAGACAAGAACUGGUCAAUGUUGGGAGGGGAGGAGAUUGAACAUCCAAUAAAAGUUGAUGAUGGGAAAACAUACUUCUAUCAGAAAUGGUAUGAUUCCCAGUAUGCCAGGUUUGAGGAUCCACCGGAAGUGGGGGAAAUACCAGAAUCUAUUGCCCACAGGUUCUGUGAUAGCUGUCAGAGACUUAAUGCUCUAAGAAAGAAAGAGAUGCCAGCACUUGGUGAAGAGAUCAAGGCUGAAGAAGGAAAGGACAGUUACACAUAUUACGCCAGUGUCUCCCGGGACGGGUUUGAUUUUAAAGUGGGGGAUUGUUGUUACCUCAUGCCAAGUUCAUAUGACUUUGGUGUUAAACCAGCGCCUCCUAAAAAGAUCAAAGUGGAUAAAACUGCGGUGGAUGAAGAGCUAUAUCCUGAGGCAUACAGGAAGUCGGACUAUAUCAAGGGGUCGAACGACGAGGUUCCAGAACCGUUCAGAAUUGCCCAGAUAGAGCAGAUAUUUAUCAAAGAGAGCGGGACAAGUUUUCCUUCUCUUGAUAAAAUAAAACUGAAAGUGAAGAAAUUUUACAGACCAGAGAACACACAUAAAGGCGCCUCAGCAGGACAUCAGUCAGACUGUAACCAACUUUAUUAUACAGAUGAAGAUGUGACAGUAGAUUUCAGCCUAGUUAGAGGAAAAUGUACAGUUGUAUUUACAGAGGAAUUAGAUCCCAAUAGAGAUAAUGACUUUCUGUUUGGUAGAGAUAAAUUCUACUUCUCCGAGGCUUACAAUAGUAAAACAAAAUCAUUUGAAGAACCGCCAACUAAAGCAAGGAUGAUGGGAUCAAAGGGCAAGGGUAAGGGGAAAGGCAAAGGCAAGGGAAAGGCAACCACCCAGACUGAUACUGCAUCAGAAGUGAAGCAAGAGGUUAAAAGACUGAGAACCUUGGAUGUGUUUGCUGGAUGUGGAGGACUUUCCGAGGGCUUCCAUCAAGCUGGUGUGGCUGAAUCUAGAUGGGCUAUCGAGAAAGAGGAGCCUGCUGCCCAGGCAUACAGGCUUAACAAUCCGGGUAGUACAGUCUUCACAGAUGAUUGUAACCUGCUACUGAGACUUGUAAUGGAUGGAGAGAAGACCGACCAUGUUGGCCAGAAACUGCCCCAGAAGGGAGAUGUGGAGUUACUGUGUGGCGGCCCACCUUGUCAGGGAUUUUCCGGUAUGAACCGGUUCAACAGCCGUGAAUACUCCAAGUUCAAAAACUCGCUAAUUUCCUCAUACCUGAGCUAUUGUGACUACUACAGACCUCGAUUCUUUCUCCUGGAGAAUGUUCGUAACUUUGUCUCGUACAAGAAGAGUAUGGUUCUUAAGCUAGCUCUCCGCUGCCUCAUACAAAUGGGGUACCAGUGUACAUUUGGAAUACUUCAGGCUGGUAGUUAUGGUGUAGCACAAACCCGUAGAAGGGCUAUUAUUUUAGCCGCAGCACCAGGAGAGAAGCUACCAUUCUACCCAGAACCAUUACACGUGUUUGCUCCUAGAGCCAUGGCUCUAUCUGUUGUUGUAGAUGAGAGGAAGUUUGUCUCCAAUAUCACAAGGAUGGAUGCUGCUCCAUUCCGCACAAUCACAGUACGUGAUACGAUGUCCGAUCUACCAGAAAUAAAGAACGGGGCCAAGGCACAGGAGAUAUCUUAUAAUUGUGACUCUCAGACUCACUUCCAGAGAAUUAUUCGUGGAAAGCAACACCAGCCUGUAUUAAGAGAUCAUAUAUGUAAGGACAUGAACCCUCUAGUUCAUGCUCGUAUGCAGCAUAUCCCACUGGCACCUGGCUCUGACUGGAGAUCCCUGCCCAACAUGGAGGUGCGACUAUCUGAUGGAAAUAAAUGCAAGAAAUUGAGAUACACACACCAUGAUAAGAAGAAUGGUAAAAGUGAGAAUGGAAAUUUACGAGGAGUGUGUUCGUGUGCCGAGGGAAACGCAUGUGAUCUGAUGGACCGGCAGUUUAAUACCCUGGUACCUUGGUGUCUUCCGCACACUGGUAACCGGCACAAUCAUUGGGCUGGGCUGUAUGGGCGACUGGAGAUGGAUGGUUUCUUUAGCACAACAGUGACCAACCCUGAACCUAUGGGAAAACAGGGAAGAGUUUUACAUCCUGAGCAGCACAGAGUGGUCAGUGUUAGAGAAUGUGCCCGGUCACAGGGUUUCCCAGAUACAUACAGGUUCUAUGGUACAAUAUUAGACAGGCAUAGGCAGGUUGGUAACGCUGUCCCGCCACCUAUGGCACGUGCUAUCGGACUUGAGAUCAAGAAGUGUUUGAUUGCCAAAGCUACAGAAGAACCAUGUACCGACAAUAUGACAGAGGGAAAGCAGGAAAGUCAAGAUGAUGACAUGGAGGUGAAGAAGGAGGAUAAACCUGGUUCAAGUUGUUAGCAUGAAAAAAAUAAAUAAAGUGAUUAACAAACUUCUAUAAAUAAUAAAGUGAUGAACUGUGUUAAAAUGAUAAACCAGAGAUCAAGUGACACAAUUUUUUUUUUGAACAAAAUCAUUGUAUAAACAUAUAAUAAUUAUCAAUAAAUGUAUAAAACCUCUGAAAACCGGACUUUUGGUCAAGUCCUGACAGGGUCCGGUUUUCAGAUUUUUUACUGUAUUGUAAUAAUUACAUAUAAUAUGUACAAAUAUUUGCAGUACAUAUUUUACAUAUUCUUCGAUGAAUAAUUUCACUUAAGUGUGGUACACAACCUCAAUUACAACAUACAGGAUCUUAUUAACCCAUUACUGCAUGAGCAUUUUGUGAAAAUUGGCUGAUUUCAUUGAAAAGUCUCCCGUUACAAGUUCAAAUUGUUAUAAAACUAUAAAAACUGCUUCAGUACUAAUCAAACUUGGCACAAAUGUUGACUGGACCAUUGCCUUUGUAACGACAUACUCGGUCCUAAAUUUCCUGUUACAUUGGCAACGAGGGGACAUCUCAAAAUUGCCAAAAAUCACUAUUUUGUGUUGAUAAUGGAUUAUGAAUGUUUUCUAGAAUUAUUAAGUUAUUUUAAUGAUAAAGUUGCAUAUCAAUUAACUUGAUGUGAUUAACCUAUAAUCGAUAAUUAAUAUUAUCAGUUCCGAUAAAUUUGGGCAGAACAUUGAUAAUGAGGUAUAUGAGCAAUGUGGAUUUAAUGCCCGUUAUGUAAAUCAGGAUUUAUUUGUACAUAUUGUAUCUUGUAAAACAGAUAGUGUAAUGAAAUAGUGCUGUUGAUAUUAAAUUUGUAUUUCAAAAUGAGUUUCUUUGAUUUCUUUAAUUGCUAUGUCAUAUGAUUAUUGAAAUUAAAUUAGGAUUUUUCAGGGGCUUUAUGUUUUUAACACUCACCAGAGCACAUGGCCUGGGUUCCAGUCUGUCGAUUUUUUAUGUGCCUCUGUUCGGCAAAUCGACACUUUGAUAUUGAUGUUGUGUUAUCUAUGACGAUCGAGUAUGAAUAUGAAUAAGCAAAAAACAUCAACGCCUGAAUCCCUGGCUACAGAGCAGAAAGCUUUUGUAAUGUAAUUGCAAGUUGUACAUAAUUUCUUCAAAACUAGGGUGGAUUUUGACAAAACCACACAUGAAUGAUAUUGGGUGGCAGGCCCUAUUAAAGUAUGUCACAAUAGCAAGAAAAUAAACUGAAUUCUUAAAAAAUAUAUAUAUAUAAAUAAUUAGUAAUUACAAUGCCCAAAGUUUAGAAACUCGGCAUGAAGCGUUUCAUAUGAUCUCUUAAAAAAUUAAUACAGGUCAUAACCUUUGGGUGAAAGUUGUCCCCACUUUAGGGGUCACUUUGAUUAUAUUGGUUUUUAUUAGAAAAACGUUUUAGUAUUGUAUGAAACUACAAUGCCCAGAGCAAAGAUAUACAAUUUAUUUGGCAUGAAGCAUUGUCUGGGGGACCUCCUCGGACGUUAAAUCAUGCCUAUUGGGUCAAAAAUGUCACUGUCCCAGUAAGUACUAUUUUUAUAGUUAAAAUAUUUUAUGUUAAAAAUAAAUUUUCUUGUGGGAAACUAUAAUUCCUAGAGAUAAAUUAUUAGCCUGUAGCAUUGCCUUAUGCAGAACCACUGUGUCAGUGUUGUGCUAUGAAAAAUUAGCUAUUUUCUUGAUAUAUUUUAUAAUGUGCAUAUUAAAUGAGUGAAAAAUUUG